GCUUCAUGCUGGUCUCUUCUCUUCUGAUCCCCAGAGUGAAGGAGCUGAGGCUCAAGGCGGAGUCUGUGACUCGGGGGCAGGUCAGCCCGGGCAGCAGGAGAGCCCGGGAAAGCGUGGAGCUCGGCAGGGAGCUGGCAUGUGCGGGCAAGACUCUGACCCUGGUGCGCAGAGCUGCUUUGCAGGAAAUGCUGGAACUUGAGCUCCAGCAGCACAGUGAAGCGCUGAGCCGCGCAGGCAAGGCUUUCUACAACCAGCGUCGUUCGAAAAAGAUUGUUGUGUCUUCUUGCCUGUCUCUGAGCUCCACGUGUCUGGAGAACCCUAAAUCCCAGGCAGCCUGCCUCGACUGCAUUCAGAUCGUGUGA